UAUGAGUAGUGACUAACGGCUUAUUGUAGAAAGCCUCUUAGACUUUCCCUGGCCUGUCGUGAUAACACGUGUAGCGCGUCGCCGAUAAUCGUAUCUGAUAUAUUUCGCUAACGAAACUGCACGACCUUCAUCUUCGUCGGCGACAAACAAGACGCGUUUAUCAGCGGCACGCUUCUUAUCAGUCCACGUCUAUAAAUACGGGAGUACGUCUGCCGACCGUGCGAAUUACACUCGCAAUCUGAUAACCGCGUUUUUCGUCGGAAGUUCGACGUUCCUCACGUGCGUUUUUGUCGCUGUAAAAAAAAUGCUGUCGGCGGCAAAAUCUGAGAUAGAUAUGGGGAAGGUGGUGACCCCGAGGAGCAUCAUCGUGGACUGCGACGCCGGCAUCGACGACGCUCUGGCCCUGAUCAUUCUCUUGGCCGGUCACACGGACAAGAGUCUCAAUAUUAAGGCUAUCACAUGUGUUAAUGGCAACACCAAAGUCGACAAUGUCGUGAGAAACGUGUUCAGAACUCUGCAUGUGUGCGACUGCACGGACAUACCUGUUUAUCGAGGAGCGUACUCGCCUCUGUUGGACACUCCGAAUGCCAAGGAAGCGGCAUCGGAGAACUAUCACGGUACUGACGGAUUCGGGGACGCGUUCGCCGACGUUCCGGACACGAGUAAACUGCAAGAGGAGCAUGCCGUGUGCGCCUUGCACAGGAUCACGUCGGAGGAUCCAGGUAAUGUCUCCGUGGUCUGCUUGGGUCCCCUGACGAACAUAGCGUUGGCUAUAAAACUGUAUUCAGAGUUUGCCGACAACGUGAAGGAGCUUUUCGUGAUGGGUGGAAAUUCCACUGCGCAGGGUAACAUAACUCCGCAGGCGGAAUUUAACUUCUACGCGGACCCGGAGAGCGUGCACAUCAUGCUCAACAGCAUCAAGAGGCCUCUGUGGCUGUUACCGUGGGAGUCCUGCUUAGAGACCAGAAUUACACACGAGUGGCGGAGGGAUGUGCUGGGCAAGAUAGACAAGCCCUGCGUGCACAUGAUGAACGCGAUCGAGGACAGCAGGCGCGCGCAAGGGAAGAAGUUCUUCCCCUAUUACACCAUGUGCGACGCUUUCCUGGCCGGAAUCGUGCUGGUGCCGCGUAUGGCCAGGAACGUUGUCGCGUGGCACGCGGACAUCGAGCUGGGCGGCAACAGGACCCGGGGCCAGGUUGUCCUCGAUCAUCUGCUGUCGAACAAGCCGAAUGUGCAUCUGAUACACAGCUUUGACUCGGAGGACUUCAAGAGGAUCCUGCUGAAGGCGGUGAACACGAUUCGUUCAGAUAAUCGACGAUCUUGUGAUCGUACAAAAUGUAGCCGUGAAUAAAUAAUUAUAUGUAAAAACAAA